ACAGCAAAUUACUUAUUAUUUGGUUUUUGGUAGGCUUUUGCUUUUAAGCGCUCUUUGUUUUGCAUCUCCCUUCAAAAUCUGAAAAACCACCCUCUCUUUUUUCUCCCUCUCUCGAUCGCGCCGAGAUAUUCAAACUCUUCCACCGCCUCUCUCCGGCCGACAACCGAAUCAAAACCUCAAUCAUCACCCAAUCCCUAACCGACCUAGGGUUGCUUCUUCAGCUCACCCUUUCAACCUCUCCACUGCAAUCCACCAAUCAGGUUGUCAUCAACCUCUUUCAGAUUAGAGGGGUAGAGGCUGUAAGUAAGGAUGAAUUUGCAACCCGGACAGUCUAAAUCCUCUAAUGGAUAUGGCCGCCGAAAAUAUGAAAGAGAAGGUGCUGCUAAGUCUGAGAAUAAGAUCCCAUCUGGAAAAAUAAAUGCCAAUAGAUUGGCAAGUACAGGUGCAGUUACUGGCUUUAAAGAUGGUAGUUAUGAGAGUCCUUCACAUGAUCGACUAGUAUAUGUAACAACAUGCCUAAUUGGGCAGCAGGUGGAAGUCCAAGUGAAAAACGGGUCUAUAUACUCUGGAAUUUUUCAUGCAACAAACACCGACAAAGAUUUUGGGAUCAUUUUGAAAAUGGCUCGUUUGACAAAGGACACUUCACAUGGGCAGAAGUCUGGUGCAGAAUUUGUCAAGAAGGCUCCUUUAAAGAGUUUAAUUAUACAUGCCAAAGAUCUUGUGCAAGUUAUAGCACAGGGUGUUGCUGUUACUAGGGAUGACCUACCUGGUGAACCUCACCACGACAGGUAUCGGGAAAUCAUGGUUGAUUCAUUAAUAUCUCAAUCUCAUCAUGCUGAGCUAGGAAGAGAACUUAAACCCUGGGUACCUGAUGAAGAUGAUCCACAAUGCCCUGAACUGGAUAAUAUCUUCGACGGCCACUGGAAUAGGGGAUGGGAUCAGUUUGAAACAAAUGAGACAUUGUUUGGGGUAAAAAGCACAUUCAAUGAAGAACUUUAUACAACAAAGCUUGAAAAAGGGCCACGGACAAGAGAAUUAGAAAAGCAAGCUUUAAAAAUUGCUAGAGAAAUUGAGGGUGAGGAAACCCGAGAUCUUCAUCUUGCAGAGGAAAGAGGUCUUCACUUAGAUGGACACUUUGAUAUUGACGAGGAAACUAGAUUCUCUUCAGUCUAUAGGGGUAAACUUGUUGAUGAUACAUAUGAGGAAAAUGAAGACAUACUGUUGGAUUCACACAAUUCUGAAACUUUUAGUGGUAUAUUUGGUUCGGUCGACGAGAGAUCGUGUGAAAUAAAUGGUAGAAAAGGCUAUGAUGGAGUGCAUACAUUUGCCAAUUCCUACUCCAUGGAUCAGUCACAGUCAUCUCAGUCAACUACUGGUGUAGAUUUAAGCCGCUCUAAUGCUUAUGAUCACGCUAGACAGUUAGCGUCCGAAAUCCCUUCCAAAAGCUACCCGUCUUCAGAUGGGCAAAGCAGAAUUAUGGAGAACUCGGGUUGCAAUCUACAUGGAGCCAGUGGUAACACCAAGGAAGAAAAUCUUAUACAAAGUGAGGAUGUUCAACUGUCAAAUUAUGAGGAUUCACAGGCAUCACUCUACUUGAAGAAAGAUGGCUCUGAUAAAGGGGUGUUAUCUCCUAAUGCCAGCUCCUAUGCCCCAUCAUCUCAUAUAUUAGCAAAGUCUCAUGAGAAGAUAGGAACACCAAGGGAUUCGGCUGAGGGUUUAGCAUAUGGAAAAGCUAAUGGGGAAACAAAGUAUUUAAAUUCACGUGGGGCAUCAUAUGGGUCAGAUUCUGUGAGAGGUGUGGCGGCAUCUCGUGGUUCUGGUUUAUCUCCAAGUUCGUCAGUUGGUUCAUUGUCUUCUGAAAAAUUGUCUUUGAAUCCCAAUGCAAAGGAAUUCAAGCUCAACCCUAAUGCAAAGAGUUUUAUUCCAUCACCUGCUCGGCCUCCCACUCCAGUGUCUGAUAGUUCCUUCUAUUUUCCAACUACUGUAAAUACUGUACCAAAUAUGCCAGGCGUACCCAUGAGUAUUGGGGUUGGACCUAAUUUUGCUGGGACGCAACCUAUCAUAUAUAAUCCACAGGUCUCCCAAAUGCCAACUCAAGCAUAUUUUCAUCCAAAUGCACCGCAGUAUGGACAGCUUCUUGGUCAUCCUAGGCAAGCUUUAUAUAUGCCGACUUACCUACCUGAAAUGCCAUACAAGGGACGUGAUUAUUGAAAACUUGACUGAUGGUGUUAUUAGCAUGUCAACUCCUUGCUCGAAAAGAAUAGACAAAGUCGAUGUCUUGAAAAGUUUUAAAUGACGAUGUCAGCAGCAGAUUGAAAGAUUUCAAAUGGUCCAUUGUGAGAUAUAAUCUUAUGACAUUGUAUGAACCCAUACAUCUUUUGGGGUUUCUCUUGGGGUUUCUCAGGUUUUGAUCGUGUAACAGCAUAACUCAUAUUUAUCCCCGCACCUUUUUUAUUCCGUAAUACAAUGCGACAUUUACUUUGUAUUACUAUUAAUUCAUCUUGUUCUUGUGCAUGUUUGUUUGCUACCGUAUCAGUUUAA